CUUUGAAGAUUGUCUGCUUCUGUCCUUCAGUCCUUUCCCCCCACUUUAAGCGGAACCAUCUCUUCAUCCUCACCAUCGUCAUCCUCCGCUGCUCCGCCCAAGGCUGACCCUGCAGUGUCUGUAAGAAAAUGCAGUGCGGCUCCUCAGUCAGACACUUUUCACCACCUUACUGGACCAGGACGGUGCUGUUCCCAGACUGGGCCUACAAGCCAUCCUGGUCUCCGGGCUCCAGGCAGGUCCAGCUGUGGCACUUCCUGUUAGAGCUGCUGCGCCACGGCGAGGGCGGAGCCAUCGGCUGGGGCAGCGAGUGGGGCGAGUUCGUCAUCCGCGACCCCGAGAGACUGGCCAGGCUGUGGGGGGAGAGGAAGGGCAAACCCCACAUGAACUACGACAAGCUGAGUCGCGCCCUCAGAUAUUACUACAACAAGCGCAUCCUGCACAAGACCAAAGGCAAGAGGUUCACGUACAAGUUCAACUUCAGCAAACUCAUCCUGGUCAACUACGCGGCUCACCUGCCUCCACCUUGUCAUCAGCUGCUCCACGGCAACCAGUGCGGUCUUCCUCUGGGCGGGACUACUUCAUCAGCCAUGGACAGAGCGGUCCAGGACCGGCCAAACCCCCUCUUCCUCCCGUGCUGCCUCCCCAACCCUAUUCCGUCGCCCCAGCUUCUCCACGCCCCCUCACCCUUCAAUUUAGGAGGAGCCUGCAGGCCCCCCGGCUCGCACCCUAUGGCCUCCUUGGCCCUCCACGCCAACGCCUGGCUGGGCAAAGGUCACGUGGUGGAGUGGGACGCAGACCAACUCACUUGGAGGCUGUUUGGCGGAAGACAGCAAGGCGAGGAGGAAAGGCUAUGAAGGACGGAUAGGAAGGAGGAUAUCAGUGCAACAGAAGGGAUGGGAAAGACUUUUAUUUUUGUAGAUUGCUGCAAUAGUUUUAUGUUCUGUGGUUGAAUUUAGGCAGAUGUUUUAUUUAUGUAUGUUGAAGCCACAGUGAGAGUGCACUUGUCAAGGGUAUUUGUUGAUGUUGAACCCCAAGAUGCAGAGACGGAGGCAGGCAUGGAAUAUGAAAACAUAAUUUAAUUAAAACUAAACAAGAACAAACAAAAAGCACGCACGUGGGCGGAAUAACAAACUAAGGGAGCUAACACUGGAAGCUAGAAAACAAAAAGGAACUUUAGCAUGGAAGCUAGUGGAUAGCAAACCGAAAAACUGGAAAUAACUUAUGGCUAACGAGAACAGCUUACCGCUACGACGAGCAGGACAAACUGUAGCACGACAGGUAAUAGCUGAAAAGAAUCACAUCGACACGACAAGAGCAACAUAUGGCAACGACAAGUCCAAAUGACAAUACAAUGAUCCAGCAACUGACACAAGACAAAGCAGGUACAAAUAGGAGCAGGCUGAUUGGCAACAGGUGUGGCCAGGUGCCAAUCAGCCGCAGCUGAGGAGGAACACAGCACUCAGGGAACAAGACAGGAAGCUGACAAAAUAAGAACACUAGACAGGAAGUAAAGACAGGAGAUACUAGACACAGAGGAAACAGACAAAUGCAGAGGAAACAACUAAAACAUAGCCUGACAGGACUUGUAAACAACAAACAACACAGCACUUGCUGGGUUUGAGUUAAUCAAGUAUUUAACUGACUUUACCUUGCUCUGUCUGUGUUAUGUAUCCCUCCCUUUUGGUACCGGUACCACAAGUAUUUUGGUACUUAUCGGUACUUUCCUAAAUAAAAGGGACCACAGAAAAUGUCAUUAUUGGCUUUGUUUUAAGAAAAAAAAUCUUUGGGUACAUUAUUGCAAGUUUGUCCUUCAAUAAAAUAGUGAACAUACAAGACAACUUGUCUUUUAGUAGUAAGUAAACAAACAAAGGUUCCUAAUUUAGUCUGCUGACAUAUGCAGUAACAUAUUGUGUCAUUUUCCAUUCUAUUAUUUUGUCAACAUUAUUAAGGACAAGUGGUAGAAAAUGAAUUAUUCAUCUACAUGUUCAUUUACUGCUAAAGGCCUACUGAAAGCCACUACUACCCACCACACAGUCUGAUAGUUUAUAUAUCAAUGAUGAAAUAUUAACAUUGCAACACAUGCCAAUACGGCCUUUUUAGUUUACUAAAUUGCAAUUUUAAAUUUCCCGCUGAGUUUCUUGUUGAAAACGUCUCGGUAUGAUGACUCGUGCGUUUGAUGUCUCGGGUUGUAGCGGACAUUAUUUUCCAGCCCGAUCCAAGCUAUAAGUAGUCUGCUUUAAUCGCAUAGUUACACAGUAUUCUGGACAUCUGUGUUGCUGAUUCUUUUGCAAUUUGUUCAAUUAAUAAUGGAGGAGUCAAAGUAGAAAGAUGGAGGUGGGACGCUUUUAGCCUUUGGCCACACAAACACAGCCGGUGUUUCCUUGUUUAAAAUUCCCGAAGAUGAAGCUUUACUAUGGAUCAGAGCGGUCAAGCAAACAUGGAUCCCUACCACAUGUCAACCGGCAGUUUUCGGUGAGAAAAUUGUGGUAAUAAGUCUUCUCUUCCAGGAGACAUCAGCGGAGCUUCUGUCCUGCUGCAGCUUCGUGACUUCAAUCGUGAGUCAACACACCCGUGGCCACACCCCCUGACUUUCAGGUACUAUAUAAUCCCACUAAAACGCUAGCAACACAAUAGGCAGAUAAGGGAUUUUCCAGAAUUAUCUUAGUAAAUGUGUCUAAUAACAUAUAAAUUGCUCCCACUGCAAUCGCCUUUUUUUUUUUUUCCUUACUAGUCCUUCACUCUAAAUUUCCUCAUCCACGAAUCUUU